AUUGAACUAAACGUUGCUUUUUUAUGGCCGCUAGAUUCCCCUUGUUUUGACGUUCUUUCAUUUCAUUUUUCGUAAAACGAGAGGGGAUUUCUUAUUAACGACGGUACAACGAGCGCGAUUACGCUGCAUUUUAUCCGUUAUAGAUACAACAAAGCCGUCAAACUGGAAGUCCUGCAGGUUACGAGAGAGGACGCCGAUAUGACGUCCGUGGCUAGGAGACAAGAACAUGAAGAUUCCGGAGAAUAUUCGGACGCAUCGCAGGAUAUCGAGCACAAUAUCUCUGCGAACGAUGGUGGGCAACAUGAGUCGGACUAUGACUCCCAGGGGAGCGACUCUGAGCACUCCGACCAGGACUCUGAGAACAAGGAGACGGAGCGUCGUGUAGACGAUGACGAAGACCGAAGCAAUCCGCAGUACAUCCCCAAGAGGGGAACCUUUUAUGAACAUGACGACCGAACUGCAGCUAGCGGUGAAGAAUCAAGCAACACGACUUCUGAAGCGGCUUCAGAGAAGAAGGAAGGCACGGAGCCGCCGACCGAGCGACGUCGACCGCCGCGCAAGUCUGAGAUAGUCAACAAGUGGUCUCAUGACAAGUACAAUGAGAACGAACAGAUGCCGAAAUCCCGUGACGAGCUGGUGGCUAUCUACGGCUACGAUAUACGAAACGAGGAUGCGCCUCCUCACGCGAGACGCAACAGACGAUAUGGUCGCGGCCCCAACAAGUACACGCGUACUUGGGAAGACGAGGAGGCGUACAGGCGACAGUCCGCUGCACAACAAUUACCGAGGAAGCCACCAACCGCUGAAGACUUCCCCGAGCUGGACGGCAGGAGACACGGUAAACCACGCCCACGUCCUCGCUCCAAGUCUCAGCCAUCAGCCAACGAGCCGGUCGAAAAUGGCGGUCAGCUUCGUCGUAACGCCUCCAUCAAGUCUACUAAGAAGCCAGCAGUGAAACAAGGGUCUGGUCGCAUCCCCGCUAAGCCUGCCAACAAACCGCCAAUCAAGGAGAAAAUGCCCGCCAUUGAAAACCUGACCAUUACUACUAACGUCAAUAAUAAUAAUAACAAUCAAGGUCAGGCCCCGCGCAAGGUGAACGCGACGGUAGCGCAGCAGAGACCAGUACCGACUGACCAGGGAAGGAAGAAACCUAACGCUAAUGCACAGCCUCAGCAGCACCCUAAUCCCCCCCGCACGAAGACUCCCCCCGCCACGGCCCCGCCACAGUCCGCGCAACAACAGAAGACCACCAACAACCAACAACAACAAUCCGCUGCAGGCGGCGGUGGCAGCAAACGUUACAGUAGCCUACGUCAGCGUCCGCUGGCGGACUCGUACACUCCCCAACAACAACAACAACAACAGACGCAGCCACAGACCCAGCAACAACCGCAACAACAGCAACAGCCGCAACAACAACCUCAUAGAUAUCAUGCAGGUCCGGGCGAGUUCGUGGGUGGCAGUGGACACAACGCGCACCCGCAACAUAUGAUACACCAGCAGGUACUGGUAGGGCGCGGGUCGCCCCCCGCGCUGGGUCUGCCGGCGCAGGCCCCGCCGCAGCACGCUCAGCAUACACAGCACGCACAACAGGUGCGGCUGGGUCUGAUGGAGCAGCCGCAGCUGGCCCCGGUCCCACACCCACACCACAACAUGCAUAACCUGCCCGCCACGCACUCCAUGGGUCAAAUACAACCAGCACAAGGAUACGCCCCACCUGCCAUGAUGCCCGCUCAGUAUAUGCAGCAAAGCAGCAGUGGCGCGGUGUUUGGCGGCGCGAUGUUCCCGGCGGGCACGCACGCCCCGCCCCACGCGCCUCACGCCCCUCCCCACGCCCCGCCCCACGCACAGCACGCCCCGCCCCACGCCCCGCCUCACCCCACCUACCAGCACCAAAUAUACACGCCGCACCAUAAUUAUACGGGCGGCGUGACGUACUACAACUGCGCGGAGCAGGAAGCGGCGCACGCGGCGCGCGCCCAGCGCCGCCCCACCGCCGCCAUACCCAUCGUCAGCCCCCACCAUGCUGACAGUAGGCCAGCGAAUUCAUCUGAAAAGGACAACAUAGACAGGAUCGUGGAGAAUAUGUUCGUGAGGAAACCCUGGCCGGCGACACAUGGGGCUGAUUCAAAAGAAAAACAGCCAGAAAAUCGCAGUUCACAAGAACCACAGAGCAAAGAAUCAUCUCAACCGAACAGUCUAACAUCAAGCUCAAUCUCCACCGACUCUAAACCUUCCGAAAGCAGAGAAGAGAAAGAGAAAGUAGAAGAAGUAAGAGAAGAAGAGAAGAAAGAGUCAGUAGAGCCAGUUGUCACGCAAGAAAGUAUAUCGACGGAUGCCUGACUGGUAAGGAUUAAGUUGUAUGAAUGCUACCAAGCAAAGUACUAUAGCAAGAGAUAAACUUUUUAUAUACGAUCACGCUUCUAGGUAUUGGUUUUUAAACGACGUGAACGCCUUUUAGUCUUCAUAAAGAAAUGUGUUAAAAUACAAGUUGUUAAGGUCCUUUAUCGUACGGCACAAUAAAUCGAAAACCUAUUAUAGCCUUGGAUGUUUGGUAACGCCUGACCGGUCGUAAUUGUGUAAGUACGGUCGCCUUCUUCAUUAUAAUACAUUUUUAAAGGAAAAUGACCGAGGCACAGUUAUAAUCACCUGUAUCUGAA